AUGAAGGUCUUUGCUCUCCUGGCACUUUGGGCGACCCUGUUCCACCAAGGAUACAGCAACUCCCUGGACUCGUGUCGGGGUCGGUGUGGUUAUGGAACAGACAAUAGUUUCUCUUGUCAGUGUAACACGUCCUGUGAGCGCUUCAGAGACUGUUGUUCGGACUACACCGACGUAUGUAAAGCUGGAGCCACAUCUUGUAAAGGCAGAUGUGGAGAGAAAUACAACUCUCAGAACGAGUGCCACUGCAACUCCAAGUGCGGCCAGCACAACAACUGCUGCAGCGACUACCCAGACCUUUGUGACAGUGGAGGUGGAGGUGGAGGGGAUGUGAUCACUGAUGCUGAGAUCAUGGCCAUCUCUGAGACGCUUUAUGUUCUGGAUUCAAACAAGGCUUCAGCCUCAGAGUUGAUCAUUGACCCUCAGGCUCUGGUGCCCGACUCUCAGACGAGCUCCAAGAACGAUCUCUCCUCUGGACACUUGUUCCAAUACCUGGACGAGGAGGCUCUGUUCUCCAGACCCACCUACGCUGCUCUCCUGGCUGUGCUGGACAACUACGACAGGAUGACCGGACAGGCAGAAGACUUCAGUGCUCAGCAGCUGGUUGAGCAGGAGGCCUUCGUCAAGGAGACAAUGUCCAACACUGAGCUGGGCAGAGAGCUGUUUGCUUUCCUCUACACCAAGGGCAUCUAUGCAUCAGAGCAAGCGUUCAUUCAGGACCUGACGAUGAUGUGGUUUGGUCUGUACUCCCGCAACAACAACAAGAUGGACUCCAGCGGCUUUGAACACAUCUUUGCGGGAGAGGUCAAGGGAGGAAAGGUGUCUGGUUUCCACAACUGGAUCCAGUUUUAUCUUCUUGAGAAAAAAGGAAAGCUGAACUACUACAGCCACAGCUUCAAUGGGCCUUGGACUACCUACCCUGAUGUCAUGGGGAUGCAGUUCAUGUGGGACGGCUACUUCAAGCAGGUCGGUUCUGCAGUCAUUGGCUGCAGCCCUGAAUUUGACUUUGCCCUAUACAGCCUCUGCUACAUCACUCGCCCUGGGAAGCAGUGUCGUCUGAGCCUGGGAGGGAGGGAGCUCAUUAUCCAAACUUACACCUGGGAAAACUCUUUCUAUGGUGAUGGAAAGAAGUACAUCGGAUCUGCCUUUCCUGCAACCCCCUGA